CAACCACCUCCGCAAACCGAACGGAUCGCGCACUCCGGCGCCAUGAGCUGUGCCCCGCUGGGACCGCCCUGCGAGUGGGCGGAGAGCAGCCGCCAGAGCAAGUUGGCGAUCCGCCGGUGGGAACCGCCCCAGGUGCCAAAAGCAGUGGUUCUCAUUGUGCAUGGCGGAGCUGGAUGGCACAGCGGUUACUUCGACAUCUUGGGACAAGCCUUGAGGGCUGCCGGCUACGCGGCGGUCGCCUACGACCAGGUGGGCAGUGGCUACUCCGAGGGCGACCCGGGCUACGUGGAGCGCUACUCCUUCGUGGUGGACGACCUGCAGAAACGCGCCGAGGAGGAGCAAAAGCGCUAUCCAAAGUGCCAAGUCUUCGCCCUGGGCGAGUCGGCGGGUGCCUUGCUGUGCCUCCGUCAUGGCCUCGGAAGGGCCGAUGCUGGCUUGCCACCAGAGCCUGUGGCAGGCUACCUGCUUUGCGGCCCUGUGGUGAGAGUGAAGAAGGAGAUGAUCCCGCCGCCUUGUGUCGUGGGAAUCUUUAAGCUCUUGUCCAACUGGAUCCCUCGGAUGCCGCUGCCGGGCGUCGACGUGAUCUCCACCUUCGACGCCGCCUUCGGCGAGCCUCAAUGGGCGGCGGCCGGGAAGGCAGACCCCAUCGUACGCCGGGUGUUGGAUGCGAAGAUCCACGUGAGGACGGGCGCCGAGACCCUCGGCGCCGUGGACUUCGUGAACGAUGCCACCAAGCAGAAGCUCUUCACAGCGCCCUUCGCGUGCCUUGUAGGCGAGAAGGAGAGUCGAGUGGAUGUGGGCGCGAUUUUCGAGUUCUACCUGCAAGCUGGAUCCAAAGAUAAGCGCAAGAAUCCGCGGGCCCGCGCGCGGAGACGGACACGUCCAAAGACGGAGACGGAGGGAAUGAUGAAUGGUUCCCUACAGGAUAAGGCAGAUGUCACACA